AUGCAGAUCCCGAGAGACAUCAUUUUCGAAGUCGUGCGCGGCUUCCGCGGCCGCUCACGCAACUGCAUCAAGAUUGCGCGCGUUCGCGCGAUGAAGGCGCUGCUUUACUCGUACCUGAUGCGCCGGCAGCGGCAGCGGCGGUACCGCGUCUUUUGGAUCGGGCGCAUCAACGCGGCGGGUCGCGAGUGGAGUUUCCCGUACGCGUGGCUGACGACGAGUCUCUGGCGCCAAAACAUCUGGCUGGACAGAAAGAUGCUCGCGAACCUCGCGGAGACCGAGCCCGCCUCCUUCCGCGCCCUCGUCAACGAAGGCAAGCGCGUCUAUUUCUGGAACCCCGACAAAGUGCGCGACAUCAGCGACCUCUAG